GGAGGAGGCAUAUUUUUCAAGUUGCACAACAGUGAUAAGUACCAGUGCCUGGUGGGAGUGAGGUACCUGAAGUUCAGGGACUCCAACUGGUGGUAAUGACAGCAGACGAGUUGGUUUUCUUUGUGAAUGGCAGAAAGGUGGUGGAGAAAAAUGCAGAUCCGGAAACAACUCUUUUGGCCUACCUGAGAAGGAAGUUGGGGCUCAGCGGGACCAAGCUGGGCUGUGGAGAAGGGGGCUGUGGGGCUUGCACCGUGAUGCUCUCCAAGUAUGAUCAUCUCCAGAACAAGAUCGUCCACUUUUCUGUCACUGCCUGCCUGGUCCCCAUCUGUUCUUUGCACCACGUUGCCGUGACGACUGUGGAAGGAAUAGGAAGCACCAAGUGGAGGCUGCAUCCUGUGCAGGAGAGAAUUGCCAAAUGCCAUGGUUCCCAGUGUGGGUUCUGCACCCCUGGCAUGGUCAUGAGCAUGUACACGCUGCUUCGGAACCAGCCCAAACCCACCAUGGAGGAGAUCGAGGAUGCUGUCGAAGGAAACCUGUGUCGCUGCACAGGCUACAGACCCAUCCUCCAGGGCUUCCGGACCUUCGCCAGGGAUGGUGGAUGCUGUGGAGGAAAUAAAGACAACCCCAACUGCUGUAUGAACCAGAAGAAAGACCACAUGGUCAUUCUCUCACCAUCUUUAUUCAACCCAGAGGAUUUUAUGCCCUUGGAUCCCACCCAGGAGCCCAUCUUCCCCCCAGAAUUGCUGAGGCUGAAAGAGGCUCCUCAGAAGCAGCUGCAUUUUGAAGGGGAGCGUGUGACCUGGAUUCAAGCCACAACCCUGAAGGAGCUCCUGGACCUCAAAGCCCAGCACCCCGAGGCCAAGCUGGUGGUGGGGAACACGGAGAUCGGCAUCGAGAUGAAGUUUAAGAACAAGCUGUUUCCUGUGAUCGUCUGCCCCGCCUGGAUCCCCGAGCUGAAUUCAGUGGAGCACGGCCCAGAGGGUAUCACCUUUGGAGCUGCUUGCACCCUGAGCUCUGUGGAAAAGACCCUGCAAGAAGCCAUUGCCAAGCUUCCUGCAUACAAAACAGAGGUGUUCAAAGGUGUCCUGGAGCAGCUGCGCUGUUUUGGCGGGAAACAGGUCAAGUCUGUGGCGUCCAUUGGAGGGAACAUCAUCACCGCCAGCCCCAUCUCGGACCUCAACCCGGUGUUCAUGGCCUGCGGAGCCAAGCUGACCAUCAUAUCCAGAGGUACCAGCAGAACGAUUCAGAUGGAUCACACCUUUUUCCCUGGCUAUAGAAAGACCCUGGUCGGUCCAGAGGAGAUACUGCUUUCCAUCGAGAUCCCUUAUAGCAGGGAGGGCGAGUUUUUCUCAGCAUUUAAGCAGGCCUUCCGAAGAGAUGACAUAGCCAAGGUGACCUGUGGCAUGAGAGUCCUAUUCGAGCCAGGAACCACACACGUAAAGGAGCUGGCCCUUUGCUAUGGCGGAAUGGCUGACAGAACCAUCUCGGCACUCAAGACCACGCGGAAGCAGCUGUCACAUUUCUGGAAUGAAAAGCUGCUACAGGAGGUGUCUGCAGGCCUGGCAGAAGAGCUGAAACUGUCCCCCGACGCCCCUGGUGGCAUGGUGGAGUUCCGAUGCACACUCACCCUCAGCUUCUUCUUCAAGUUCUACCUGACGGUGCUGCAGAAGCUGGGCCAGCAAGAUGCUGAAGAUAAGUUUGGUAGACUGGACCCCACCUUGGCCAGCGCCACCUUAGUCUUUCAGGAGGACCCUCCAGCUAACGUCCAAUUCUACCAAGAGGUGCCCAAGUGUCAUUCCGAGGAGGACGUGGUGGGCCGGCCCCUACCCCACUUGGCUGCGGCCAUGCAGGCCUCUGGAGAGGCCGUGUACUGUGAUGACAUGCCUCGCUAUGAUAAUGAACUGUCCCUCCGGCUGGUCACCAGCACCCGGGCCCAUGCCAAGAUCAAGUCCAUUGAUAUUUCAGAAGCUCAGAAGGUGCCGGGAUUUGUUUCCUUUAUCUCUGCUGAUGAUGUUCCCGGGAGUAAAGAAACUGGACUUGCUAAUGAUGAAACCGUCUUUGCAAAAGAUAAGGUGACUUGUGUUGGGCACAUCAUUGGUGCUGUGGUCACCGACACCCCAGAACACACACAGAGAGCUGCUCAAGGGGUGAAAAUCACCUACGAAGACCUUCCAGCCAUUAUCACCAUCGAGGAUGCUAUAAAAAACAACUCCUUUUAUGGACGUGAGGUGAAGAUUGAGAAAGGAGACCUCAAGAAGGGGUUUUCGGAAGCAGAUUAUGUUGUUUCAGGUGAGUUGUACAUCGGCGGUCAAGAGCACUUCUACCUAGAGACUCACUGUACCAUCGCUGUCCCAAAAGGCGAGGCAGGGGAGAUGGAGCUUUUUGUGUCCACACAGAACACCAUGAAGACCCAGAGCUUUGUUGCAAACAUGUUGGGGGUUCCAGCAAACCGGAUUGUGGUCCGAGUGAAGAGAAUGGGAGGAGGCUUUGGAGGGAAGGAGACCCGGAGCACUGUGGUGUCCACGGCAGUGGCCUUGGCUGCAUACAAGACCGGCUGCCCUGUACGCUGCAUGCUGGAUCGUGACGAGGAUAUGCUGAUAACUGGUGGCAGACAUCCCUUCUUGGCCAGAUACAAGGUUGGCUUCAUGAAGACGGGGAUUAUUGUGGCUCUGGAGGUGAAUCACUACAGCAAUGCUGGAAACACAGUGGAUCUCUCUGAACGUGUAACGAAAAAAGCUCUGUUGCAUAUGGACAACUGCUACAAAAUCCCCAACAUCCGGGGCACUGGGCGGCUGUGCAAGACCAAUCUGCCUUCCAACACGGCCUUCCGGGGCUUCGGGGGGCCCCAGGGGAUGCUCAUUGCCGAGUAUUGGAUGAGUGAAGUCGCAGUGACCUGUGGGCUGCCUGCAGAGGAAGUGCGGAGGAAGAACCUAUACAAAGAAGGGGACCUGACACACUACAACCAGAAGCUUGAGGAGUUCACCUUGUCCAGGUGCUGGGAUGAAUGCCUAGCAAGCUCUCAGUAUCAUGCCCGGAGGAGUGAGGUUGACAAAUUCAACAGGGAGAAUUAUUGGAAAAAGAGAGGAUUGUGCAUAAUUCCUACCAAGUUUGGAAUUGGCUACAUAAGUCAUUUUCUGAAUCAGGCAGGCGCCCUGAUUCAUGUGUACACAGAUGGUUCUGUACUGCUGACUCAUGGCGGCACUGAGAUGGGCCAAGGCCUUCACACCAAGAUGGUCCAGGUGGCGAGCACAGCUCUGAAAAUCCCCGUCUCUAAGAUUUACAUCAGUGAGACAAGCACUAAUACGGUACCCAAUGCCACUCCCACAGCCGCCUCUGUCAGCAGUGACAUCAAUGGACAGGCCGUCUAUAAAGCUUGUCAGACCAUCCUGAAAAGGCUGGAACCCUUCAAGAAAAAGAAUCCCAGUGGCUCCUGGGAAGACUGGGUUAUAGCUGCCUAUGAAGAUGCAGUGAGCUUGUCCACUACUGGGUUUUACAACGCACCCAGUCUUGACUACAGCUUUGAAACCAACUCAGGAAGAGCCUACAACUACCUCAGCUACGGGGUGGCGUGUUCUGAAGUGGAAAUUGACUGCUUAACAGGGGAUCAUAAGAACAUUCGCACAGACAUUGUCAUGGACGUCGGCUGCAGUCUGAACCCUGCCAUCGAUAUCGGACAGGUGGAAGGGGCAUUUGUCCAGGGCAUGGGCCUCUUCACCAUGGAGGAGCUGCUCUACUCCCCCGAGGGGAGCCUGCUCACCCGCGGCCCCAGCACCUAUAAGAUCCCUCGUUUUGGAAACAUCCCCAACGAGUUCAGAGUGUCCCUGCUCCGUGACAGCCCCAACAAGAAGGCCAUCUAUGCAUCCAAGGCUGUCGGGGAGCCGCCCCUCUUCCUGACUGCCUCCAUCUUCUUUGCCAUCAAAGAUGCCAUCCGUGCAGCUCGAGCUCAGCACACAGAUCAUGGUACGAAGGAGCUUUUCCGGCUAGACAGCCCCGCCACCCCGGAGAAGAUCCGCAAUGCCUGCGUAGACAAGUUCACCACCCUGUGUGCCACUGAUGUACCAGAAAACUGUAAACCCUGGUCUGUGAGGGUCUGAAGAGAAAGCCCCCAGCGGAGCCUUGUCAUGCUCCAUGAGGAUUUCCAUGAAUUCUGGAACAUGCCUUGCAGAACACGAAUCUACAAAAGUUGCGUGAUGACAACACUGUGAUUCAUCAGGAUGGUGAUUGGAAGAAAACUAAAUGCAUUGGAAGAUUUUGAUCAAAAUUAUGAUUUGCAAACAUAACAAUAAGCAGAUUCAGAAGUGUCAGCCACUUCCAAGUGACUAAUGUGCAAUUAGAAUCAUUUCAUGUCUGUUUUAAUCAUGUGUCUGAAAUAGGUUUAGGAAGUGUUUGUGCUGUGUCCUAACUCAGUGGGCAGCCUGUAGAAUCUCAAAUGCCGACCUGUCUGUACUUCAGAGAGGACUCCCACAGACCUCCAUAAACUUCAACCAUAGUUACUUUGAAUCCAUGUUUUUCUGCAGAAAGCCAUUCCUUCAAACCAAUGAAUGUCAUAUGAUAACUUCAGAUCUAUGCUGAAAUUUGCAGUGGGAUAGUGGGGUAGGAUUCAUACCUCUAACCUCCUCUGGGUCAUUGGAGAAGAUAAAGAAUGAAACAAAUUAAGGUUAGUUGGAUCCAGUCUUGUUAAGCGACAUAAAGUAAGAUUAUUCCAUAACCAAAAGCCAACCAACCCAAUUAUUGGGCACCUACGAUGUGCUAGUUUUCUUCUUCUUCCUCUUUGUGCAUUUCAAAAAAGAAGGAGAAGGAGAAGCAGAAGUAGAAAAGAUCAGUUUUAAAAAUCUUUAUUUGAAGCCAGAGUAAUUUCCAUCUAAAAAUGAUGCCACCAAAUCAAGAUCAAACAGGAAAAAGAAUCAAGGAACCUGGGUUCUCAUCCCAGCUGUGUCCCUAUCUGUGUGUCCUAGGACUGCCACUUCUCUUUCUGUGCUUCAUUUUACUGCAAAAUAAAAGGGUUGGACUGGAAUAAUCUCCUAGGUUUUCUCCAGCUCUCAAAGUCUAUAAACAUACGAGCUGAAAACUCCAGUUAUGUAAGGGAUUUACAGCUAUUAACGACUUGGCUCCCUUCCUGUGAUGUAAUUUCUGGUCCUAAUGAACUCUGCUAAGAUUUCUCCAAGCUCCUGAGGUUGGUAAAGAGAACAGGAGAAAGGCAAACAUCCCCUGUAGUUGCCCCAAAAGUGAUUUCAUCAUAUUGUGAUACUGGGUGGACGAUGGGACAUUGUCAUGUGCCUUCAUAGUACAAAACCCCCACCUUCUGCCGGACGGGGUCGUGGAGGGUAGUGGGAACCAUGAAGCUGAGCCUGGGGUUUGAUGUCACUAAUAGCUGGUUGGCACAUGAGAAAGGCUUAUUCAUCGUCAUAACCAAACCAAAUAUUAAUACCUGCCGUUUCUCAUCCAGCCUUCAUUUCUAGCACGCACCACACCUAACACGCACAUUUUCUUACAAAAUUCCCCUCCUCGGAGUAUUUUACACAGCACGAUUAAAAUUGAAGAGCUGUAGAAAUAAAACCAGUAUUACACUGAUACCCACA